CAGACAUACUUCUCGAAGCGGAACUCUUUGGUCCAGCUUGUAGUUCUGGGGAAUACUACCCUGCAGCGGAACGGUCCAAACAGGCUGUGAAACCCACUGCUCAGGUGGAUGUGUGGUCCUGCGCUGCGGUGUUAUGGAGACUGCGGCUGGUCCGGCGCUGCCGUGGGUGCCUGUAAGCGUGGGGGACUCCAGAUUGCUGGCCAAAGCCUGGUUCGGUGACACUGAAUAUAAAGUGCUUCUGAGUGACCUGACCAACGUGUGGGAGGAAGAGAUGAGCAGAGACAGUAUCCAGAGUCGAGCUCAGGAGCUGAAUAAGCGUUUGAGGGCUCCAGUACAGGCGUUCUUCGCUCACCUGCGGUCUGUGGCCGUCCCAUGUCUCUCCGGGCAGUCAGAUGACCAGAGCACAUCAUCAUACUUCUCUCUUGAGCCUCACAGUAGCCACCUAACUGUCAAAGUCAAAAGCGAGCUAGCAGGAGUGCCCUUCUAUUGGGAGUUCCGCUGCACCCCUGCCCCGGUAGAAGUGGUGUCCAGACAGCUGGUGCGCCCCCUGCUAGCUGUGACUCUUGUACUGCAAAGGCAGGUUGGGGAGCUGGCCACUCUGCUGGCUAGGAAAGAUGCUGAGAUACAGGACUACAAAGAGAAUGGAGCCAUUCUUAGCCGAGGCAGGCUUCAGACCGAGCCAUUCGAGGAGGAAACCUAUCAAAAGAACUUUAUCACCCAGACUCUUCCUCAGAUGGGCGUGCUGCAGGACUGUCUGGAGUUUAAUUCUGGGUUGCAGGAGCUGUAUGUGGCUGUGAGCACUGCAAGAAACAGCGAGAAACGUAAACGCUCUGCUGAGCAUGAUUCUGCUUCAACAGACAACUUCAGCUUUGUCCCUGAACGUACCACACCCGACCAGGACCACAGCAGUCUGCCUAAAGGUAGCUUUAUUCAUGAUAUGAGGCCUGGGUCUAAUCAAAACGAUCUCCAGCAGCCACUAGGAGAAGCCCAGGAGGCUGACACUGAACAGACGGUGCCACUCAUACCUGCUGCUGCAUCUGCAAACCGAUUGCCUCUGCGGCCCAAGAAGAAGAAAGUGGUGGGGCUCUUCCGGUGACAUUGGGUCUUUUUCGCAUGUCCUCCACAAUAGUAUAGAUCUUUCUCAGUGUACUGUUACUUAAAUGAUCUACUUUCAAUUCUACUUGGACAUCUAGAUACAAUGAGUGUUUGUUUUUUCAUUGUUCUCUGGAUCUUUUAUCUGUUUUAAUUAAGUCUGUCCACAUGCAAGAUUUUAUUGAAAUAAAGAACUAAGCUAUUUUAUUUGAAGUCUCA